AUGAGCAAGAAUCUGCUUUCGGUACCGCAGAUCAACAAGCACGGCAAGUUUCAAGUCGUGUUCGACGGGACCAAGAUGUUUGUCGCUCGCAAAGGAUCGCAACAAGUGGUGACAACUGCAGAUCUUGUGGAUGGCCUUUAUUGGCUUCACACAGCUCAUCGAUCGGCCAAUGCGACAACAAACGGAAGCAACGGUGUCGACUUACAUGCGCGGAUGGGACACGCUCCAGCUGAUGUGCUUCGCAAAAUGGUGGCCACGAACAUGAUCAAGGAUGUGAAGGUACCUCUCAAGUAA